UGCAUGCUGUGGUCAACUAUUUUACAAAAUCUCCACCUUGCCAAAACACCACGAAUACGGUGGAAAUAUGGCAACUCGGAGGCUGCUGUCAGCCACAAUCCCCCGUCUUCUUGAGACAACCACGACCAUCAUUUGAACAUGGAAUUAAGGAUGCAAGACAAUACACGGAGUGCAAAGCUUUUGAGAGAGAAAGGGAGAACGUUCGGUUCCUCGCAUUGUAUUUCAGAAUCAGACUGACUGCAUUGCCGACAGCCAUACAUAAUUGGUGAACAUUGGCGUAUGAUAUUUUAGUUAUAUUGAAUUAGAACAUUCUGCUUUACAAACGGUCUGAGAGGGAAAACCCGGUAUAUGUCAAUUUCUUCAUGUCAUCGUCCAAUUGAACAGGAGAAAAAAUGAGUGAACAGAGUAUCUGCCAAGCCCGCGCCUCAGUCAUGGUGUACGACGACACCAGUAAGAAGUGGGUUCCAAUCAAGCCGGGCCAGCAGGGCUUCAGCCGCAUCAACAUCUACCACAACACGGCCAACAACACCUUUCGCGUGGUCGGGGUCAAGCUACAGGACCAACAGGUAGAGGUAGUGAUCAACUACUCCAUAGUGAAGGGGCUGAAGUAUAACCAGGCCACGCCCACCUUUCACCAGUGGCGCGAUGCCAGGCAGGUUUACGGCCUCAACUUCGCCAGCAAAGAGGAGGCCACCACCUUCUCCACCGCCAUGAUGUUCGCCCUCAACACGCUCAGCUCGCAAGAUGGAGGCCCUGCUGUCCAACGCCAAAAUGGGCCCUCCUCAGAGGACCCCGAUGUACCGAGGAGGCAAAUGAUGGAGCCUCAUCAGAUGCAGGGAGUGGUCCACAAAGAGAGGGAGCGACGGACGUCUGGCUCAGGUCCGGUUUCUCUCCCCGCCGUGCUCGCUGUGGCCCCACCGGUGGCUCCCCCUGCCCCUAUGGCACCUAUGGCCCCCCCUCCUCCACCGGGCCCCCCGCCUCCGGCCACAGUGCCACCGCCCAUGCCCCCCCCACUACCGGUUGGUGGAGGGCACGGAGGGCCUCAUUUAGAGGGGGCAGGGAACGAGCUGGCACAGCCACUCUCAGGUCUGGCUGCUGCCCUGGCUGGAGCCAAACUCCGCAAAGUUGCAAGGGAUGAGAACAGUCCACCAGGAACAAGUGUAGCCAAGAAUGAUGGCAACCGCUCCAGUGGAGGGGAGGGGCUAAUGCAGGAAAUGAACGCCCUUCUAGCACGCAGACGGAAAGCCUCAGAGAAACCUGAAGAGGAGGAUCCCAAGCCAGGGCAGAACUCCACAGAUGCGGGGAAGAAUCCAUGGGACCGAGCCAACUCUGUAGACAAGGCCUCACUGGUAUCAAGGGUGCGACCCGUGGGCAGCACGAGUGAGGGAGACCUAGACUUCGACAGGAUGAAGCAGGAAAUCUUGGAUGAAGUUGUACGUGAAUUGCAGAAGGUGAAAGAUGAGAUCAUUAAUGCCAUUAGACAAGAAAUUGGUCGAAUCCAUACAUGUUAAUCUGUGGACAAGAGGAUGUGCUGGAGUAUGAAGGAUUAGAAGGUGUGCUGGAGUAUGAAGGAUUAGAAGGUGUGCUGGAAAGGAAUGUUCUCAACAUUUCUGUGCCGCUGCAGAAAGGUUGAGCCAACAUUUGAGUCUGCUGUGCAGAACAGAAAGGUGAAGAAGAAGAAGAAGAAGUUGGAGAAAGAAAGUGAAUGAUAAAGAAAGGAAUGGUUAAAUGAACAAAGGAUGGACGGAAGGAUGGAUAGACGCUUGCACCUUUUUCAUUUUUUUCGUCCCCAUUUCUGUGCAUUUCGAGACAGUCCAGUUUGCAGCUCUCAGUCUGUUCUAAGUCUUACAAUAGAAAAUAUUUUUAUUUUCUUAAGUUUUUACUGUUUUAUUAUUAUUGUUUUUUUAAACUGUGAUUAUUUUAUUAUUCUUACCAUCAUAUAUAUAUAUAUAUAGAGAGAGAGAAGAGAGACAAAAGACAAACUGUUGUUCUUCAUUGGCGGGUUCUAGAGGAAACUUACACACCAAUUACAUCAGCCUUUUAUAUUUGAUAGGAUUUACUUUAUCCUUGGGUGUUUGACCAGCACGUAUGGCACAUACUAUGCUUUAGUCACCUGACCUCAGUUUUUAAAAAGCUUGUUAUCUGUUUACCAGUAACAGGGCAGUGUUCAUUGGGCCCCAAAUGGAAGAAAACUGACUAACAAACGAGUAGGGAGUACCGUUCUCCAUUGUAAAACGUUUUUAAAAUAUGUUCCAUUUUGUGCCCUAAUAAACACAACCCCGGUGUAUAAAAAUCACUGUAAUUUUGGGAUCAUUCAAAAAACGUACCAACAACUGUAAAUUCACCAUCUACGUAUUCCCAAAAUAGAUCAAAUGAUCCCUAGGCUGCCCUUACGAAACCCAUACAGUAGUCUAUAUCAGAGUUGUCAAACGCUAGUCUUCAACAAGGUCUGGAGGGCCGCAAUGAAAAUUUGUUACAUUUCCUUGCUGUUAAAAUUUCCACCCCCCCAAAAAAAAUGGGCUUUGAUGCUGCCAUAUUGUCUAGCUUUCAUUUUGGUGAUUAUUAGCGAGUUGGACACAGUCAAGAAACAGUAUGAAUGUAGGUACAUUAUCAUUUAUACACAGUUUUGACUUGGUUUUAGUAAUUUUUAUAUAUCGAGUCCCCCCCCACCUAAAAAAAUAAAAAAUAUGCCAAAAAAAAUAAUAUUUGUUUUUACUCAAACCACCCCUCACGGGCCGGAACCCCUCACCCCUCACGGGCCGGAACCCCUCACCCCUCACGGGAUUGGAACCCCUCACCCCUCACGGGAUUGGAACCCCUCACCCCUCACGGGCCGGAACCCCUCUCGCCUCACGGGCCGGAACUCCUCACCCCUCACGGGCCGGAGCCCCUCACGGGCCGGAGCCCCUCACGGGCCGGAACCCCUCACGGGCCGUAUGUUUGACACCCCAUGGUCUAUAUGGUUUAGUCCGGUGUAUUAACCAUGCAUUUUGUUUUUAAAUUGGGUUUUCAAAAUGGUGGUACAUUUACAAUGGUGGUUUGUUUUUUUGUGAAUAUCCUCCUUGCUAUUUAAAGUAACUGUCCAGUUUUCAAUGAAACAUGACCUAUAAUUACAAUAUGAAUGAAAUACUUGAAUUACAAAAAGCAUGUUAAAAAGCAGCUUUUCUGUGUUGGAAUGGUGUGGGCGUAUCUUAACAACAGAAUGGUGUGGGUGUAUGCAGAUCAUUAAAAAUAUUCACGCAAGUAAACCGCUGAUUGGCCAGCUCAGCCAAUGAGGCAGGAUGACAUCAUUCUCUAUGAGGAAAUAGCAUUUUUUUAUUCGAUCUGUUUGAGAUACAAGUUUGAGGUGGGUUUUUUUUUACUGUUUUUUUUCUCCAAUUUAUGCUUUGGCCACAUACGAGUGUAGGAUGAGUCAUCAACAUUAUUUGGAUAUGAUUUAACAGAAAUGGACAUUUAAAAGUGAGAUUUUCACUGGACAGUUACUUUAAGGUUGAACUUGAAUUUGAUAUGUGAAAAUGGAGCCAGUUGCAAAAUAAAUUAAAAGUAUACAUAAAUCAAUUCAAAGGUUUUUUUGUGAUGAAAGGAGAAAAAAAAUAUUGGGGGAAAAUAUGAUUUAAUAUCGGUUGUGACAUAUUCACUUGACUAAGUUCUGAAUUAAAUUUUUAAAAAAAUCAGAAAGUAAAUUAAUUUAAACCAAACCAUAGACCUGUCUCCUGUCUACAGUAUGGAGUGGUGUGUUGCAUUCUUCAAUUAUUAUGACAAUAAAAAAGAAAUAAAAAUUCCAUCGGAUAUUACAAUUGUAAAAACAAUAUACAAUGUACACGUACAGUGUAGGCUAUACAAAACCUGAUAUAGAAGUUGUGCUUUUGUUCUUAAAAUAGCUCUUGUAAAGAAAUACCUGUUAUAUAGUUCUAGCAUUACAGAUUUAUAUUCACACACAGAAACCUCACACAUGUAAUAACUUAACUUUUUAUUCAAUUACAUUUCUGUUAGAAACAUUGUU